CUGCCCAACGGAGCCAUCUUCAACCGCAAAGAUCUGUACACCCAACAUCUCCGACGGAUGCACAUCCCCCCGCAUAUCAGGAAACAAGUCAAGCAAAAGAAGACGGUGUCCGAGUGGGAGGAGCGCAUCCGAGUGCACCAGGACGAAGCACGCAGGCUACGUUGCGAACUUCCAGACCACAUGACAUGCCCGGCCCACGGAUGCAACACGCAAUUUGAUGGGAAAGCAGCCUGGGAUGACCGCAUGGAACAUGUCGCAAAGCAUCUGGAGAAGGCCGCUACCGGGAGCGAGAGUCCCGUCAGCUUCGGCGGAGAUCAUGAUUCAACUUUGACAGACUGGGCGGCCCGUCCCGAGGUUGCGAUCGUGAAGAGAGACGAUCGUGGCAGGUGGAGGCUGAACAACCCCUUGAAGCCAGAGAAGAAUGUCAGGUCUUCCACCGUUUUGAGUGAAGACGAGGAUGCGGAAGGGGAAGACGUCGAUGACUAG